AUGUUCAGGCCGACGUCCAUGGCGUGCUGGCAUCGCACUGUCAAGGAGGGCGUGGCUAAAGCUGAGCGCGCGCCCGAAAGGGUCACUCCUGGCGAAUUUACGCCUCCGCUGCUGCUUCUGGAUUCCGCUGAAGAGGCAGAAUCACGUGGCGACGCUCUAAAAUUCAUUCCUUCGCCAUAUUCUCGCAAAUGCCGAAAUUAA